GGGGAGGAGCUACCAGCCUGCGAGCGGACGUCAUCAGCCAGUGGGUGACUCUGCCCUCCGACGUGAGCUAUUAUCCUUGCAAUUUGCGGAUUUUCACUAAUCGAGGCUGAACUAUGAGAUGGCAGCAUCUCAGACAGAAGUCGAAAAGGCUAUUUUCACUAUCAUACAGUGCUUCCAUGUGCAUGCGCAAGCAGAAGGCAAGCGUGAUUCACUGAGCAUGGCAGAAUUCAAUAAACUGGUCGCUAAGGAAUUCCAGCGUCAGAUGAAGGGUGUGUCCAUAGAGGAGAAGAUGAAGGAAUUGGAUAUAAAUAAGGAUAAUGAGCUGACCUUUACUGAGUACUGGAAGCUUGUUGGAGACAUUGCUAAAGAUCUAAAGAGUGAAGUGAAAGGCAAGAAAAGUUAAGAUGCACAUCUUCCAUUGAAGAGCAUCAGGUUGGCAAUUUAUCUAUUGCUGCAAUCCUUAAUUGAAAAAAAAAAUAAUAAAAAAAAAGCCAUUGGGAAAAUUAGCAUAUAUUUUACUCUAUGGAAAACCAUAAACAUAUUGUCUAUAACUUUAUUUUUUUUUGCUGAAUAAUUUUGUCAAUUUGCAGUGUAUUUGUCAUCGAAGUGUUGUUUGGGGAAUGUUUGUACACUGAGUGAGCAUAUCUUAGUAAAAACACUGCUACCUGACAUUUUCUAUGCACAAAAUAAACAUGGAUGCAUUAACUUAAUAUGUACAAAGAGAUUUUCACGAAAUAAAGAAUAUGAUUUUCUCUGUACCUUAAAA